CACCUCCCUUUCUCCCAUCCUCCCAGGCUCAGCUGCCUCUGGGCACCAUCCUGGGGCAGCCGAAGAUGAAGUGGAAGGUGGCUGUUCUCGCUGGCAUCCUUCAGGUGCAGGUCCCAGGAGCAGAGGCACAGAGCUUUGGUCUGCUGGAUCCCAAACUCUGCUACCUGCUAGAUGGAAUACUCUUCAUCUAUGGGGUCAUCAUCACAGCCCUGUACCUGAGAGCAAAGUUCAGCCGGAGUGUGGAUGCUGCCUCCUACCAACAGGGCCCCAACCAGCUCUACAAUGAGCUCAAUCUAGGACGAAGAGAGGAAUAUGAUGUUUUGGACAAGAAGUGGGCUCGGGAUCCUGAGGUGGGGGGCAAACAGCAGAGGAGGAGGAACCCCCAGGAAGGCGUGUACAAUGCGCUGCAGAAAGACAAGAUGGCAGAGGCCUACAGCGAGAUUGGGAUGAAAGGCGAGAGGCGGAGAGGCAAGGGGCACGAUGGCCUUUACCAGGGGCUCAGCGCUGCCACCAAGGACACCUAUGAUGCCCUUCAUAUGCAGACCCUGCCCCCUCGCUAACAGCCAGGGAACGUCCCACUCAUCGGCCUGACCUGAUGAUGUGGAUUGUGAAGGACAAAGCAUUUCCACCUGAGUCCAUUCAUUUCACAGCCACCAUUUGAUGAAGAGGAUGCUUCCAGCCGUCACAUCUGUCUUCUCCAGCUCCAAAGUACCGUCCACAGAAUGUCGUCCCUGGAUGCUUUAAAGGGGGAGCCCCCUCACUCUCAUACCCCAGCCUGGUUCUCUGGUCUUAUGGCAGGCCCUUCUCACAGCAGAGCCAAGUCCCAGCCAGGGGAUCGGGGGUGGGGGGCACUAACACACCUCUAAUCACAGCUGAGUUCAGUUUGCUUUGUAAAAGCCCCAGAGAAGGCCUGGGUACCGUUUGGAUUGUUCCACUGGCGUGGACUUGCUUUGCUCCUGCUGUAAAUUUGGCUUCUGCUGUCAUCCUUCCCACUGUCAAGAUAACCUCUAAGUAGGCCACAUGGUGAAAGGCAGGGGGAGGGAGCCUAGGCAAGUGUCUGCCAGAGUUGGCUGAAGGAAGGGAAGCAACAUGCUCGGAAGGUCCCCAGCACAGGUGCCAAGGGACCUCCUCCCAUCAAGCAUACUUUCUGCAUCUCCCAACCACUGUGCCAGGCACUCCAGGAAUGGAAAGAUGCCUUCCCUUCACGGAGGACAUGCUCGCUCCUAGAGUGCAUAUGACUUGUGCCCAGACUGGCACAGAAACAGGCUAUGUCAUGACAAUGAACUAAGCCAAGGGGGUGAGUGAAAAGGGGGUGAGUCCUGCUUUCUUCCAGAAACUUGGUUCAUUCCUUCUUGAAUGGCGAGAAGACCAAGACCACCCAGGUCUGCAGCGCUCAUACAGCACAUCAGUGACACCAUGAGAACCAGUCAGUGGAUUGCAACCUCAUGGUAUAAUUCA